UUUCGUGGUAAAAUGGCUAAAGGGAAAAAUCUGAAGUUGCACAACCCGAUAGAGAAGCAUUUCAAUGUGAUAACGCCGUAUCAUUACUACUUUUUCUUUUUAAUAUUCUUGAGUAAACUGCCCAUUUUCUGGCAUGUGCUGAACCUGAUAUUUUUGACGCCUCCGAUGAAGUAUUACUGUGAAGGUGGCUGUCCAUAUUGUCCAUAUCUUUCCUGGGAUAGGAGUGUGUUCUCUGAGACGAUGCAGACUAAAUUCAAUUUGGUGUGCGAUAAAACGUGGCUCGUGAGCUUCUCGAAUAGCAUCUCUUACGUCGGAACGCUCAUUGGGUCGUUACUCUUUGGAUUUCUGUCAGACAAAUUCGGGCGUCUAAAUUCCUUCACAAUCAGCUGCCUUAUCUUGGCAAUCUCUGGUUGCCUCGUCAGCGUCAUGCCCAUGGAAGGUCUCUUCAUCUUCAUGCGGUGCAUCGAGGGCAUCGGCGUCGGAGGAGCCAUCGUGACUGCCUAUGUCCUCUGCAUCGAAUUCUGCGGAGUCAGACACCGGGAGUCCGUCACUGCCUUGUUCCACAUUCCGAUCAACAUCAGCCAUAUGACCUUAGCUGGGAUAUCGUACUUGUUGAGGCACUGUGACGACUUCCAACUGGCGUUGUCGGUGCCGGUAUUCUUUUUCGUGGCGAUGAAGUGGCUGGUGAUGGAGUCUCCUAAAUGGCUGAUGGAUAAUGAUAGAGUGGAGGAGGCGGCGAUUGUGAUGGAAAAGAUAUCCAAAUUUAAUAGGCUUUCGAGCGAAACAAUUAAAGAAGAAAUCGAAGCCUAUCACGCAACCCAGGGCCAGAAGCGGCGGACCAAAGUGAAGUUCUGGCAAAUAUUCAACCAUAAAAAACUUACUUUGAACCUCGGGUGCAUGUCAGUCAUCUACUUCGUGUGCGGCAUGGGCUAUUAUGGCGUGUCCCAAUACAUCGGGAGAAUGAGUGGGGACAUACAUGCAAACGUGGCGAUUUCAGGAGCAUUAUUAUUACCAGGGACAAUAACAGCAUUUUUUCUACUCAAAAUCCUCAACCGCCGAACGUUCUUGAUGGGCACUACAUUUCUGUCGGGACUGUUCAUGAUCAUAGUCAUUUGUAUUCCAUACCAUAUGGGCUGGUUUCGGGUGGUCAUUGCUUGCAUUUGCAACUGCUUCUUCUUUAUGUCUUUUAUUAUAGUUUUCUUGUAUGGCGUCGAGCUGUUUCCUACUACUAUCAGAAAUUCAGUUUUGGGAUUUCUGUCUGUAUUAUCAAGAGUGGGUCAAAUAGUCGCCCCGCCUAUAAACUCUUUGCCAGAAACCGCGGCCGGUGGGAUAUUUGGUGCCAUGGCAAUCAUUGGGUCCAUUUUAUGCUACCCACUUCCAGAAACGAAGGAUAUAGAACUACCAUCUUCAUUAGAAGAUUCCAAAUCUUUGCCACGAAAGAGAACAUCAACAUUAGAAGAAAAUUAUAAUGCUGUUGAAAUGAAAUGA